AUUACACAUCUCAAUGUCGAAUAUUUUCAGAAAUGUGCCUCUUCUUAGGGAAAUUCGAUGUGACUUGACUCUGUUUUAACCAUAAAUAUGGGGUGCCCCAGAUGUAAAUCCGACCCACUUACGUACGACAUCGUUUCCUUGCCAGAUUAAUAAGUUUCCCAGAUUUGAAUGAAUAGCAAUCAAUCCGCUGAGCGUUGACAGUUGAGAAUCAAAACUCAGUGUCAGAUAAACAAGAAUGUGACACUGUUGACUGUUCUGUAGCAGAUCUAAUAGUAGUUCAUCUAACUCACCUACACCAAUUAAUUACUCAUAAUAAGCUCUCUCUUCAAAUACCCAAUUGGAAUUAUUUCUAUUUCUUCUCAAAGUUUGUUUCUUUUAGAGUUUUAAGCUUUUUGGAGUGCUUCAAUGGCUGGAGUUUUAUCAGCUCUUAGACGUGUAUACCUCACCCUUUACAAUUGGAUUGUCUUUUUUGGAUGGUUUCAAGUUUUUUAUCUUGCCGUGAAAACACUGAAAGAGUCAGGGCAUGAACAUGUUUAUGAUGCUGUAGAGAAGCCUCUGCUCUUAGCUCAAACCGCAGCCAUUUUAGAGAUUCUUCAUGGUUUAGUGGGUCUGGUAAGAUCUCCAGUAUCAGCUACUCUUCCACAGAUAAGUUCAAGAUUAUAUGUAACCUGGGGUAUUUUAUGGAGUUUCCCUGAGCUCCGGUCUCAUAUGCUUGUCAGUUCUCUAGUGAUUAGCUGGUCUACAACGGAGAUCAUCCGAUAUUCAUUCUUCGGGACAAAAGAGGCAUUCGGUUCUGCACCUUCCUGGCUCUUGUGGCUAAGGUAUAGUACCUUCAUGUUGCUGUAUCCUACUGGCAUCACAAGUGAAGUUGGUUUAAUAUACAGUGCCCUGCCUUACAUCAAGGGAUCUGAGAAGUAUUCUAUUAGGAUGCCAAACAAAUGGAACUUCUCUUUUGAUUACUACUAUGCAGGACUUGUUGCCCUCGGUAUCUAUGUCCCAGGUAGUCCUCACAUGUAUGGUUACAUGCUCGGACAGAGAAAGAAAGCUCUCUCCAAAUCGAAAAAGGAGUAGACUUAAUCAAAAUGUAGCUGUUAGGGAUUGUAUUUUUGCAAGUGAUUUGUUCUGAAUCAAUGUAUUGCUACUGUUUUCAUGUUUAUUUUAUUGAUUUAAACAAUAGAACAAUUUGCAUUUCU